GUGUUCAGGCUCCUUUUACUUGGCUCAUUUCCUCCACGGAGUACUGUGAUUUGGCUUAUUUUUAAUUUAUUGAGUCAAUUUGGUAUUUGGACGUGGCUCAAGAAAUAAUUCAUAGUAUUUUUGCUUCGUAAAAAAUAAAAUAUCGAAAAGAUGACUACUGCUACAAUGGCAACCGUUGCAUUGGCUAAAGAAAAGAUAUGGUUCGAUAAACCAUCCUAUGACAAAGCAGAACGGCAGUACUUUGAGAAAAUGGCCAAGGUGGUGUCUCGUAAGAUUGUGGGAAGCUGCACGCUUAAGUCUGACAAAUCUAUAACUGAUAAGUGCCAAGAUCUAAUCAGUACUAAUACAUUGAAGUCUAAGGCUGAAAAGUCUAAAGACAAUAAGCUAACUCAUGACUCGAAUGACUCAAAUGUGAAACGUUCUAAAUGCCAAGGAAGAAACGCGAAAAUCAAUAAAGAUGCCGUGGAUGUAUGCAACAUGCAGAAUAAGGAAAAUGCAAAAACGAGCGAAAAGUGCGAUAAUGCAAGGGAUAAUGUGAAGGAGAAAGAAAAAGCUUCUUUUAAUGAGAAAUCUAAAAAAUAUAUCGCGAAAGAGGCUAAAGAAAAAAGAAAUAAAGAGGAUACGAGAAAUAAAAAUAGGGGAAGUGAAGGAAACGAUGUUGGGGGAAAUAAAGAAGCUGUAAUGCCAUUUGCGAGAAAUAAAGAACAAUUGCCCGAUCAGGGAACUCAACAGUCCACUUGCCCAAUAUUGCCUGCUGUUGGAAGUUUGGCCAAUGAGGUUGCGAAGGCUCGACAGCAUAUUAAACAGUCUUUACAGUGUAUGGAUGAUAUUGCAGUACUUGCUCAUAUUGCAAAUCAAGAUGUUACACCUCAUGUUGUUAAACUUGAAAAAGAAAAUCAGGAUCUGCGGAAUAUUGUUCAGGAUCUGAAGAGCACUGUUGAAAAGUUGAUGCAACGUGUGAAAGUUUUUGAAACUUUGGAACAACGUAUUGAAAGCCUUGAAAUGCGUAUACCUUACAAAGCAAUUUGUCCUGCAAAACCAGAACCUGAAGAAUCAGAGCAGAAGCAGGGCAAAGAAAAAGAUGAUAACGAUGAAGAUAUUGAUCUAUUUGGUUCCGAUUCAGAGGGAGAGGAUGCAGAAGCUGCCAAGAUUAGGGAAGAACGACUUGCUGCAUAUGCUGCUAAAAAAUCUAAAAAACCAGCUUUGAUAGCUAAAUCGAAUAUCAUCUUGGAUGUGAAACCAUGGGAUGAUGAAACAGAUAUGAAAGAAAUGGAAAAUGAGGUGCGAAAAAUCGAGACUGAUGGCCUUAUUUGGGGUGCUUCAAAACUCGUACCGCUUGCUUUUGGAAUUCACAAGCUACAGAUCUCGUGUGUUGUGGAAGACGACAAAGUGUCAGUAGAUUGGUUGACGGAACAGAUUCAAGAACUUGAAGAUUAUGUGCAAAGUGUCGAUAUCGCGGCUUUCAAUAAAGUAUAAAAAAAAAUAGAUGAGUCCAACUAUAAAAAUGAAUGGCGAUAUAGUUGAAAAUAAGUAUAGGUCUAUGUGCCAUUUUUGCAUUCCAUUAGCAGUAUCCGUAAUAGGAAACUGUUCAUAUGCGCGUUUCGCUGUAUUGAGUCAAAAAAGAAAGAUAUUUUAAAAAUAUUGAAUGUUAUAAUCUAAUUAUUUAAAAAUUUUGCAAAACCUGAAAAGCAAUUUUACAACAACAAAUUUAGCCAGUUUAGGUAAAUUACUUAAAGAUUUUUAUUGUUAAUUUUUGUAAUAAUUUAAAUGUGGAAAUUAGAUAUCUAUCUUUCGCUUGUGUAUAUUUCUGAUGAAUGUUGUAAUAGAUUGUUUUUGCGAAAAUGAAGUUACCUAUCACUUUAAUUUCUCAUAUUGUUGUUCUUAAAUAAAAAAAUACAUUUGGCCAAUGCAA